GGAGCAGACGGCAGCGGCCACACAAACACACUCCUCUCCCAGUAACACACACAUCACACACACACACACACACACACACAGACAGUGACGGCUGCCAGACGCAGUGGGAAGCAAGCAGUCAGAGAAUAAAGCGAGUGAUCGCAGAGGGGAAGAGAAGAAAAGAGAGUUGGAGGAGGCACCUUGUGGCUCAGAAGGGAUUCUCCUCAGUGUGAGUGUUCGUCUGGAUCAGCCUGCUUCUUCCUGAGUGAGAGGAGUUGUUACCCCAAGCUUUUUUUUUCUUCUUUUGCUCAUCUUCCACUCCGGACUCCAUUUACCUAUCUAUUCCAGGAGCUUAACAAAAGAGGGAGUGAGGGGGAAAAAAAACAACAACAACAAAAAACAGUCACAGCUUCAGCUCCAGACCACCCUCCAUCCUCCUCCUCAUCCUGCUCCACAUCCAUGUGUGAGUUUACCAUCGCCUUCGGAGGAUAGGACACAGCAGAGAGCGUGUGUGUUCUCCCGGAUACGACAGAGCGAUCGGGGUCUUGUGCGGCUGGGAAAAAGAAGUGGAAACAGACCCACUGGGAAAAGGAGGAAUUUGACGAGGAGCGACAGGAGAACUGAGGGCAAACUGCGGGCAUGUGGGCUUUUUAGACUGUGAGGAACCGGCAACUAGAUCCCGUCCAUUCCUCCCUCCUCCUCAUCACUCUCUUCCCCUUGCCCCCUCCUUUACACUCUUUCUGUCCGGCUGUCCAAUCUCUCCUAUUGUUUCCUGUAUUGCCUCUCACAUCUUUCUUUUUUUUUCUCCCUCUGUUGCCCCUCGAUUUAAACCCCCCUUUUUUUAUGUCGCCACUCCGGAUUCUGUCUGUCUCUUAAUACCAACAGGAAAGACUUCCCGCUCCCACUUGAGCUCCCCGGCAAGUAUACGGACUGAAAUUCCCAGUGUGUUUUCUCCCUGCAUCCUCGCCUAAAAGGAUCCAGGCGACGACCUCGGAGAGAUCGUACCCAAACCCCCCACACCCCCCAACUGCGAGCUUCUAUCCCCAGCCUGCAGGACCUCCAGUUGGAUUCCAGCUACAUGGGCAAGCGUUUGGAGCAGCAGCAAAUGUACCCCCAGUACACCUACUACUACCCCCACUACCUCCAGACCAAGCAGUCCUAUGCUCCUCCCCCUCCACCCAUGGCUCCACCCAGCCCCAGCACCACAGGAGGAGGUGGAGGUCAAGGAGGUGGUUUGGUGGAGCAACUAAGUAAGACAAACCUGUACAUCAGAGGCUUGCCGCCCGCUACCACUGACCAAGACCUCAUCAAACUCUGCCAGCCAUACGGAAAAAUUGUUUCUACAAAGGCCAUUCUGGACAAGAACACUAAUCAGUGUAAAGGCUAUGGCUUUGUGGACUUUGACAGCCCUGCAGCUGCCCAGAAAGCCGUGGCUUCUCUCAAAGCCAGUGGAGUCCAGGCACAGAUGGCCAAGCAACAGGAACAGGACCCCACCAACCUGUACAUCUCCAACCUGCCAGUGUCAAUGGAUGAGCAAGAGCUGGAGAACAUGCUGAAGCCUUUUGGUCAUGUUAUUUCUACUCGGAUACUGAGGGACGCCAACGGACUAAGCAGAGGGGUUGGCUUUGCCAGGAUGGAGUCUACAGAAAAGUGUGACGUGGUCAUUCAAAAUUUCAAUGGCAAAUUCUUGAAAACUCCUCCAGGCAUGGCAGCCCCCGCAGAGCCGCUGCUAUGCAAGUUUGCUGACGGAGGCCAGAAAAAAAGACAGACCCAGGUCAAAUAUCCCCAGAACGGCCGACCAUGGACGCGGGAUGGAGAGAGUGGUAUGGCGCUGGCGUAUGAUCCCACUUCAAUGCAAAAUGGGUUCUAUUCAUCACCUUACAGCAUCUCCACCAAUCGGAUGAUUGCCCAGACGUCAAUCACACCCUUCAUUGCUGCCUCUCCUGUUUCCACAUAUCAGGUCCAGAGUACAUCUUGGAUGCCACAUCAACAGUAUGUUAUGCAACCUACAGGUGCUGUGAUUGCCCCGUCUGCAGCUAUAGAGCCCAGCUUGUCACUUCAUCCCUCUGGUGUCAUGGCGCCUCUCACCCAACAGAUGAACCACCUGUCCUUGGGCGCUACAGGCACUUACAUGCCUGCUGCAGCAGCUGCUCCUAUGCAAGGAACCUACAUUCCCCAGUACACUGCAGUGCCUGCUUCUGCCAUCACAGUGGAAGGUGUGGUGACAGACUCUUCUCCACAGACAGCUGCCCCUUCCUUGCAGGACACCAGUGGGCAGCAGUCUUUAUCAGUGGAAAACACAGGGGAGCAUGGCACUGCCUACUCUUACCAGCAGACGAAGUAACCAGAUAGGUCAUGGCUGUGUUGCCUUGAUGAGGACUGCACUGACAGAGACAGAAACAAACCUGGAUAAUGUAAGGUCACAUGAACAUCUCGGAAGGAGUGAAUUCUCCAGAUUAAAACGGAGGGGGAAAAAUAACUUUGUUUUUUUAACAAAAAAAAAAAAGCCCUUGUUGAAUGGAGAAAAGGACACAAGAGACCAUCUGUUGAGCUUAGGACAAUGAUACCAAAUGCAGUCUGUAUCUUUUGAGAUAACUUCUGCAAGUGGGACUGGGCUUCGCCUCCAAAGGAGUAAAAAAAAAAGGUGAGACAAAGACUGAAACAUCAACCAACAAGCUGUACAGAAGAAAAAUAACCUCUGAAUGUGCAGGUAGAUUUUCAGACUUUUGUAUGAAAAAAAGGAAUUAAAGACAAACUAAAUUGUCUUCCUUUGAUAUUAUCAUUUUCAUCUUUAUCAUUUGAGUAGUUUUCUAGGAGAUCAACGUUUUCGUAACUCUUUCUUGCCUUAAUUUUUCUCAAAGUGUGGGAAACGAUUUUCAUUGUGCUGACCUAUCGAAAAAGGGAGUAAAUGAGUAAGUUUGGGAGGAACCGCACGGAUGAAACUGUACAGGAUUGCUUUCAAAAGGUAUUUGUUUGCAGAUGAUUGUAAUGAUUGGCGUGGCGCCGCUCAGCUCUUUAACGUGGGAAGGAUCAUUCCCACUGCUUACUGGCUGAAAACUCAGUUUGGUUUCUUCAUUGUAUUUAUAUUUUCGAUUAACUUUGAAAAAAAAAAAAAAUGUAAAACAGUUUCGUCUGCUUUACUUGUCUCAGUGCAAAUAGAACAGCUGUAAGGAGAAACGUUUAUGGCUUCUGACUCAAAAGCAGAAACAAUUUUGAAAUGCGCAAAAGCAAUAGUUUUAGUCUUUUGUAAAUCCGUAAAAGGCAGCCUGAAGGUGACAUAUUUUAUACCAAAGAUGAGGAAAAUAGCUAGAAAAGAUUUCUUCCUUUUGUUUUUUUCUUGAUUCUUUUACCACUGAAACUGAUUUUGUUGUUGCUCAUGGUCUACUGUACAAGAUCAUAUUUUGCUUUAAAAAGAUGCUUUUUAUUAAACGCAAUGGGAAAAAAAAAUAUUUUACCAACUAAUAAGCUGUUAAAAGUUUGUUCAUUAGAAGGUUUUUAUCUUAUAGAAUAAUGAUGGCAAAUGUACACACACACCAAAUGUGUGACGUAUGCAUCGGUUGAAUUAAAACAGCUGGACUUUUCUAGAUAGUUGAAGAUCUGUCACCUUUCAUCCAAAGGCUUUUUCACCCUAACAUGUCCACACAACAAAAUGUUUAGGUAGAAACGCUGGAGUUUUAACCUUUUAUGGAGUGGGAACGUCUGAUAUUGUGUGGACAGGCAAACUGCUACUUUUUAAUAACAAUGGCAUUGCCACGCUAUCAUGUGACCAUUAAAAAUGGAGGAGACAGCUGCCAACAACAACAACAAUGGUAAAGAACAACGCUGUGUUUGUGUUGUACUGUAGUUGCUCAGUAGUACAACCUUAUCCACAUCUGUCAACUACCAUACACAAUUUUCUAAGUACUUCCACAAUUUCAGGCUAAGGACCACAAGAAAUAGACUUCCUUUAUUGUCAUUCAAAUUUGAACUUUACAGUACAGAUAAGAAUUACAUUUUGUUGCAUUAGCUCGUUGUUGUGCAGGAUAAAAGAGCAAUAAGGUGCAAAUAUAAAUAGAUUUACUGUACAGAUAAAUAUAUUGCACUUUUGCAUAUUGUGAACGCGUCUGGAGCCGUUGGGUCGUUCUUGAUUGGAGAGAGCACAGCCAGGAGGGUGCCGAGUACAGGGUUUUUAUUUUUUUCCACUUCACAAUCGAUAUUUUUCACUGUUUUGCUUUUCAGCAAUUAGAAGCCUGCCGCUCCUUUCGUCCGCGUCUCUGCCUCGCGUCUGUUCCCCAACACCUUCUCAUGGUCCCCCGCGCCCCUGAUAAAGAGACAGGUGAUUAGACGACUCGUUCCAGCUGAGAAAUUUCCUCACCUGUCAUCGCUUCACAGCCGGCUCCUGUGCACGCCUCGCCCGCAGGGGAAGCGUCGACCACGCCCCUCUACAUGCCUUCACCGCCAGUUUAAGGCCGGGCACCCGUCCGGCCGCGACCACUCCCCCCCCGCCCCCGUAUAGGGGCGAGAGAGGUAGUCGGCCACGGCCAUCUGCGUACCCGGCCGGUGGACCACCCGGAAGUUGUAGGGUUGCAACGCUAGGUACCACCGGGUGAUCCGUGCGUUGGCAUCUUUCAUGCGGUGGAGCCACUGGAGCGGCUUGUGGUCCGAGCAGAGGCUGAAGGGGCGCCCCAACAGGUAAUACCGGAGGGCCCCGACCGCCCAUCGGACCGCGAGGCACUCUCUCUCCACCGUACUGUAUCUCGCCUCCCGGUCCGAGAGCUUCCGGCUGAUGUAUAGGAUGGGGCGGUCGACACCCCCCACCUGCUGCGACAACACCGCCCCCCGCCCCCGCUCCGACGCAUCCGCCUGCAGGCAGAAAGGGAUGGAGAAGUUAGGCAUGCACAGUACCGGCUCCUCGCAGAGUGCAGAUUUUACCUGUUCGAACACCUGCUGGCACUGCUCCGUCCACUGGACCAGUUCUGGCGCACCCUUCCGGGUGAGGUCGGUCAGGGGGAUGGUCAAGUCCACGAACCGGGGAAUGAACCGGCGGUAGUACCCGGCCAUGCCCAAAAACCGCCUCACCUCCUUUUUCGUCUUGGGGAGUGGGCAUGCCGCGAUCGCCAUCGUUUUGUCAACCUGCGGUCGCACUUGCCCCCCCUCCCUAAAUGGUACCCCAGAUACUGUACCUCCCCCCGACCAACCGCACACUUCCCGUGGUUGGCGGUGAGCCCCGCCCGCCUCAAGGAUUCAAGCACCGCCCCCACCCGCUGCAGAUGUUCCUCCCAGCUGUCACCCUGGAUGAUGACAUGAUCCAGGUAUGCAGCUGCGUAGGCCGCGUGGGGUCGCAGCACCCGGUCCAUGAGGCCUGGAACGUCGCGGGCGCACCGAACAAUCCAAAUGGGAGUGUCACGAAUUAGUAUAAGCCUUCUGGAGUGGAGAAGGCCGUUUUUUCCCGGAACUCUGGCGAUAAGGGAAUCUGCCAGUAGCCCUUGGUUAAAUCCAGUGUGGAAAAAAAAACGCGCAGUGCCUAGCCGAUCCAGGAGCUCGUCGACCCGAGGCAUUGGUCGAAACGUGACACCUCAUUCACCUCGCGGUAAUCCACACAGAACCGUAUAGACCCAUCCUUCUUCCCCACUAGAACGAUGGGACUACACCAUGCACUGUGGGACUCUUCUAUUACUCCCAACUCUAGCAUGGUUUUUAAUUCUUCUCGGACCAUUUUGGGCUUGUGCUCGGGAAGCCUAUAGGGACGAGACCGCACCGUAAUCCCCGGGCUGGUCUCAAUGCGAUGGCAGAUGAGGUCCGUGCGGCCGGGCCGCGCGGAGAACACAUCUGAAAAGCGACGCUAUAAUUCAGCAACCUCCGCUCUUUGAGCCAAUUUGAGCUGGUCAUCACAAGGAAGGGGAGGGGGAGAGGCGGAGCGCGGGACCUCCGGCCCCAGCUCCUCCUCCUCCUUCACUACCGUCACCAUGGAGACAGGCUCGGCCUCCCUCCAUGCCUUCAGCAGGUUCACGUGGUAAAUUUGCAUUUCCCCGCGCCGGACCUCGUAAUCUACAUCGCUAGUCUGCCGUGUGACCACAAAGGGCCCUUGCCACUUGGCCAGUAAUUUAGAGCUGGAGGUUGGGAGUAGUACAAGUACUUUUUCUCCCGGUAAAAAUGUUCUCAGCUGGGUUCCCGAUUAUACGUGCGCUGUUGUCGUUGGGCGCGGAGCAAAUUUCCCCGUGAUAAGUGCGCCAUCUUGUGAAGUUUUGCUCGCAUGUCCAACACGUAUUUAAUCUCAUUCUUACUGCGGCUGGAUCCUUCCUCCCAGCUUUCUUUAAUAAAGUCCAGCACGCCACGCGGCCUUCUGCCGUAAAGUAACUCAAAGGGCGUAAAACCGAGGGAGGUCUGGGGUGCCUCCCGCAUCGCAAACAUCAAGGGAUCCAGCCAUUUGUCCCAAUUAGGUUUGUCCUCGUAUAUGAAUUCACAGAUCAUGGUUUUCAGUGUUGUAUUUAAUCUUUCCACCAGGCCAUCUGUUUGUGGAUGGUAAACGCUGGUCCGGAUAGAUUUAAUUCCCAGUAAUCCGUAUAAUUCCUUUAUCGUUCGCGACAUAAAGGACGUGCCCUGGUCAGUAAGGAUUUCUUUCGGAAUCCCUACCCGGGUGAUGACCAAAAACAGUGCUUGUGCUACACUCUUUGCCGAGAUGGAGCGCAGCGGCACCGCUUCGGGAUAUCGGGUUGCGUAAUCCACUAGGACUAACACAAAUCGAUAUCCCCGUGUGCUCGGGUAAAAUGGUCCGAUGAGGUCCAUUCCGAUUCUAUCGAAUGGGACCUCUAUGAGCGGUAAUGGCCGCAACGAGGCUUUUGGGAUGGCCGCCGGGUUCACCAGCUGGCAGUCCGGGCAGGCAGCACACCAUCGGCGAAUGUCCGCCCGGAUGCCUGGCCAAUAGACCAAUGACCCGAUUAAGUGUUUUUUUGUACAACAUGUGGCCCGCGAGGUGAUUGCAAUGCCCCGCCUGGAAAACCAUUUCCCGCCGGGGUUUUGGCACCAACAAUUGGGUGUAUUCUUCGCCUGUUUGAGUGUCACGGGUCACUCGGUAUAGCCUAUCUCUUACAAUGGAAAAGUGGGGAAAUACCCGUGUUUUCCCCGGGCGCACCAGCUGACCGUCGAUGUAAUCCACUUGGUCCCACGCCGCGCGCAGAGUUUCAUCGCGGGACUGUUCGAGGGGAAAGUCCUCCGUGGGUCUCCACUGGGGGUCCGGGGGAGCCUCCCGCAAAGCCCCCGCCGGUUCUCGCUCGGCAGCGCCGCUCGAACCCGCGUCGCCACUGAGUACUGCGCGGAUACUUCCCUGUCCUACAGCCCGUGAACGCCUCCCCAUACAUUGUUCCAUUAGUUGGCUAAACCCCGGCCAAUUUGUCCCUAAAAUCAGGGGGUGCGUAAGUUGCGCGCUUACGGCAACCUUUACGGUAUGUUUUUGGCCCUUAUGCCAGAUUUCCAUAGGCACAAUAGGGUAAGUGUGCACAUCCCCAUGUAUACACCUUAUCCUCCCUUGUGUCGCGUGCCUCAACGCCCCGGGUCGAACCAGGUUCUGGUGGUUCAUGCACUGUUUGCAGCCCGAAUCCACCAUAGCCCGGUGUGUACUCCCUUGUACCCUUACCGGGACGCAAUACGUCUCCCCUGGAUCGGGGGAGGCUGCUGGAGACCCGGCAACCCGUAUCACCUGGUCCACCUGAGGCGGGACCCCAAG